AGACCUCAGUGAAUCGUAAAAUAUGUUAAAAUACGUGAAUGACUAUAAAGAAGACCAACAAGAAACCCUUAAUUAUGAUACGAAAGAAAGUACCUGGUAUCACUGGCUUUUACUCAACAGGCCUUUAAAGCUUGUCAUAGCGUUUCUGAUCCUAGCUGUAAUAACACCAGUUCUGCUAUACCAGUUUUUGUACUUCUCCAGUGUGGAUUUAGCGCCUGGGGAUGGCUUGUCUAUAGGCUCAUGUUUACUACCAAGGGCAAAUAGAUUGCCAUGUGGAAUUGGCGACGUCAACGCUUCAGAUUGUCAUCCCCAAUGUUGCUAUGACUUGAUCAACAAUUUCUGUUUUCAUAGAUUUCCAUCUCGAUUUUCAUUUAUAGCGUACCGAAAUUGGACGGAGAACAUAAUACUACAACCAAGAAUUGCGACUGUACCUUUCGGUCAGAACAGCUUACCACAAAUCAGAUUAUCAAUCAACGAAACAUCAUCAACACAUUUAUCUCUAAUGUUUUAUAAUCCAGAAAAUUUAACCGUCGAAGGAAAUAGAUUGGACGAAAAAAACUACACAUACGUGAUAUCAAAUCCGGAACUACAAGUUGUUGUUAAUGGUACCAAUGGGACUAUAUUUAACACUGCAAGAGGCCCUUUGAUAGCUUCCAAUAAUAUAUGGGAAAUGUCUUUUAUACUAACAAAUGGAUCCAUGUAUGGACUAGGAGAAAUUCCGUUAAAGGAAAACGUUACUAAAGUGCUAUACAAUUACGAUGGGGGAAUAAGUUCUGUACCUUUAAUUAUUGCCAAAUCUUACGAUACUUACCAUGGAUUGCUAAUAGAUAUUAAAGACCCCACAGAAGUGAGAGUUCAUGGAGAAAAUCAGAUUGUGGUUCGCAGUAUUACAACUUCAGGGUUGAAGUUUCAUCUUUUUGUUGGACCAAGUCCGAAAGACAUAAUGAAUGAUGUGAUGAGCCUAAUUGGUUAUAGAAAUGAGCCGGAGUACUGGAUGCUGGGUGCCCACGUUUGUAGUGAACUACCGCAAACUCGUAGCACUCCUCUGAAGGAUUUGAAAAAUUUCCUCGACGAGGCAGCAGAAGCUAACCUGCCUUACGAAAGCCACUGUGGUAUAGGUCCCAUAGUGCUUAAUGACAACGAAUGUGACCCGGUAGAUGAUGAUAGAAACAAGGGAGCUGAUGCUGUACGAUCCAGUGGGAAGAAAUAUAUACCUCUUGUUUCACCUUAUUUACGCUAUGAAUAUUCCGUUCCAGAGAACGAAACCUCUCAAGAAAAUGGUACACUUACGAAGCUAGACGACAAAUGUUCUAUUGCUUCUCAGUACGAAGACUAUAUCCUUCAAACAAUACUUCAAGAACAUAUAAAAGGUGAUAUUACAGAAAUUCGUGAAUUUUAUCAAGGUCUUGUUGAAAAUAGAACGGUAAUAUACCCAUAUUACGAAAAUGUCACGGAGGAUUUUAUGCAACAAAUUUGGAAAUACGAUUUUAAAGUGGAUGGCGUGAUUUUGCACAACGCCUGGCCUUUGGAUGAAUCUUUGAAGAAUCAUAACGAUACUUACGAUAUAUUACCGUAUUUUAAUGAGGACUUUGCUGUCGCAUUUAAUAAUACACCUCAAUGGAACAUCACAAGAUCAAAUAGAGAUUUAUAUGUAAACUCCCAUAAUGAAUAUGGAAACUUCUUCGCAAACGCUUUUAAGAAAAUCUCCGGGGAGACACCAAUUUGGGCCACGAGUAAUCGUAUGACCGCAGAUUUAAUCGUGAACAGGCAAAGUGUUGAUACUUCCUGGACGAAUCUUCAAAGGGAAUUGGUACAGGCUGCGCUAGGCGGAGUAUCGGGGCAGUGGCUGUGGGCAUCCCCGAUUUGCGGCGACACGGAAAACUUUAACAGAACCAUGCAGAUUCCUCUAUGCGUCAAGUGGUAUAUGGCAGCUACUUACAUGCCAAUGAUUAAAAUACAUUCAAAAAAUACAAGAAGAGACCCUUUAUCAUUUGUUGGAACAAACAGAGCAAAUAUAAUAGCAGCACUAAAUAACAGAUUGCGUUUAAUGCCUUACUUUUACACGACUCUACAACAAGGACCAUUAUUACGACCAAUGUUUUAUCAAUUUCCAUUGUCCGCAAAUUUGACCGAUUUGAACACGCAAUUUAGUGUUGGUGAGGAUCUCAUCAUUGUACCAAAUCUGGAGCCUUUUCAGACCCGUGUACAUUUGUGGAUACCUCCUGGGCAAUGGUUUGAAAUGUGGAGUGGCUUACCAUUGAUCGGUAAAGAAGGUGAACUUGUGACCAUGACAACGACUGAAGCCGAUUUGUUAACUUUGAUACGGGGUGGUUCUAUUGUUGUCAUACAAACGGAUACUCGAACUUCAGCGGACGACACACGUCUGUUCGCAGAAUUCUCACUAAAAAUUGCAUUAAAUUGCAUAGCUGUAGAGAUUGAACACACAAGUAUUUGCCACGCAAAAGGCAUGCUGUACAUGGCCAAAAACACCACUUUAAUUUUCGAAGCCAAUUCUAAAGAAGUACGAAUUACUCUAGAAGGAGACUCUACGCCUUUCUGUAGUACGUCGCAACAAACUUGGAGUAGAAAUUUGAAACAAAUAGCCAUCUAUGGGCUUGAAAACGAAUUCAACAACAUGGACAACCACAGAUAUUUACUAUUUUCGCCUCCGGUAAAUUUGUGUGAACUUGAAAUUCGUGAACAUAUUAUUAUACAAUAUUUUACUUAAUAUCAGAGUAAGCAGGUGUUGGGGUUAAGCCAUGGUUAAGCCCUUUCGUUUGAGUACAUGCAUUUUUAAACACUUUAAACUAAGGUACUUUAAAAAAGGUACGUUUGGAAUCUUGCAUAAUGACUUUGUGAAUGAAUGUUAUUUUCAGUACCGGACGUGAGAUCAUAACAUUUUGCAACGUAAGAGUAGCGAUGCAAUCGCGCGUUCGUAAAACGCUUGGGAUUUAUAGGGGAUUGGAUCGAUGCAAUCGCGCGUUGGUAUCGAUGCACUGGCGCAGUGCAAUCGCGUUUGCAUCGCUGUUUAAAAUCGCGCGCUUGUGUAAAAGUAGGCGAAAAGCGACUGCAUCGCGUUUGCAUCGCUGCUAAAAAUCUAGAAAUUUAAGCCUUUCACAGUUCAAAUAAUUUAUUUUAUUGCAUCAUGUUCAUGUACAGAAAAUAGCAUAUCAUACAAACAUGGACCCUGACAGGGUAUUGCAAUCUACUAUUUCUAAAUAAAUAUUUAUUACAAUCUGAAACUAAUCCCAAAAUGAAAACAUUAACUUCCCACAAUAAUAGUAAUAAGCACACAUAAUAUUAUGUCAAAAGUAUGUAUAUGUGGGACAAAGCUUCGGCGCGCCCGCGCCGAUAGAAAAUAGGCCUGCUGCCUGGAGCUGCGCGUGUUAUUUACAGUGCCAUCCAGAGGUGCGGUGACGGAGAAGGGGUUUUGCUUUUAAUUAUAUUCUAAUUGAGUUCUUAGGUUUUCGCGAUUGUUACACAUUGGAAAUGAAACUAUUUUUCCGUAUUAAUAUUUGGAUAUAUGUCGCAAAAGUUAAUUAA